GCCUCCCCCUCCCACGCGUGUCCCGUGCCCGUGCAGACAGACAGAGGCUCGGACUCGCCCCGUGUUCACUGACCUUGGAGCCGGGAUCUGUAGGAGGGAGGCGGCCGGGGACCGGGGCAGACCCCAGACAGCAGGCGCAACAUGGACGCCGCUGCUCACUUUAAAUUUUGCCGGGAGCUCUUGGAGCACACAGUGUCAGCAGAGAACCUCAACCAUCGCUUCCGCAGGGAGAUGGGCCCCAGCUUAACCUGGCACGACGGGCGAGGUCAGAGGUCAACCGGAGGCCGGGUCAUCAAACUCCUGAAACAGCCGGGCACAGAGGUGACUCAGGUCCGGUCCGGUGACCACUACGGCAUCUACCACACCAGCCCGUCGUUCAGCUGCCUCUCUAAGCCCGUGGUGCUGUGGACCCAACAGGACGUCUGCAAGUGGCUGAAGAAGUAUUGUCCGCAUAACUACCUGACGUACGUGGAGGCCUUCGCCCACCACGCCAUUACAGGCCGCGCGCUGCUGAGGCUGAACGCCGAGAAGCUGCAGCGGAUGGGGAUUAUCCAUGAGUCCCAGCGGCAGGAAGUGUUACAGCAGGUGCUGCAGCUUCAGGUGCGAGAAGAGGUUCGGAACCUGCAGUUACUCAGUCAAGGUACCAAGAAGCCAGCGCUGCCCUGUCCGCGGGGGCCGCCCCGUCACUUCUCACCCCUCUCUUUCUCUUCUUACAGCGCCCUUUGGGAACUUCUCAUAGGGGAGAUGGCGGGAACCCUGAGCCGGUCGCUCCUCGGGACCUGCGGUGACCACCUUCAGACCAGCUGCUGUCUCCAGAGUCGCCAGGGUGCAGUUGGGGUGCAGGGAGCGGCCCCUCGGCUCCGCCAUCUUCCUUCCAGGGGUUCUAAUGAAGCGUCACUGUGAUCCUUCCACGGUUUUAGUAACGGUACGGGUGGGCUGGGGCGAGGCUUACCGGACCGCACUACCGGAUACUGUGAUUCUUGGCGGGCGUCUGUACCAAUCCCAGAGAACCCGAACCCCCAACG